GACAAUCCAUACCUUUAACUCUCACACAUUUACGAUUAGAUGGUCUUAAAAUUACAAGGAAAUCAUUUGAACAAUUUUUAAAAAAUUGUCAUGCUCCAUUACAUACUUUAAUCAUUCGAAAUAUAUUCUUUGAGGAUUUUGAAGAUUGUGUUCCUGCGAUUAUUAAUUUUGCUGAUACUCAUAAAACUUUAAAAUUAUACGGUGAUAAUACUACUGCUAUAUCAACUAAUAAGAAAUUGGUUGAAAAAAAAGACAUUUGA